UUUUCAUUUAUUUGUUACAAUUGAACGAGUGGAAAUCUAUUUAAUUUAUUGAUUACUGAUUAGCGUAAUUGCUUUACGUUUCAAUUGUUUUAGUGUUUUUAAAGUAUUUUUCUUUUCUCUUUUUGAUGAUGUCAACUUGUUUUGAGAGAAAAUGUCCAUUGACUUAGGUUCAGCCGAGAAAUUCAUUCACAUUAAGCCUCGAGAAAAUAUAUUUCGUGAGUAUCGAGACCCAACGACAAACAAAUUUGUUACUCUUUCAGCAAAUGAUUUCAUCAAAAUUUGGAAACAUUAUGACAAUGAUGGAAAUGGUCACAUUGAAGGACAAGAAUUGGAUGAUUUUAUAAUCGACCUUCUUGCCAGUAUCAUUCCAUCAAAAUCCAUACAAAAUAUAUCGAAAUUGUUUUUCGAAAACUUCAAGGCUUCUUUCAUGAGAGCUUAUGAUGAUAAUGGAAAUGGCCGUUUAGAAGUUAAAGAAUUAGCUCAAUUGGUUCCAUUGGAAGAAAAUUUUUCCAUCAUAUUUGAUGGCAGCAAUCACCUAAAGUCGAGCGUCUAUUUCAUGAAACUCUGGAAAAAGUAUGAUGUAGAUAAAAGUGGCUCGAUUGACGCUUCAGAGUUCAGUAGUUUAUUGCGAGACUUUUAUGCUAAAGUGCGAAAGAAGAACAUCAAACCGGAAGAACUACAAGAAAUCGCUGAUAUUGUUUUGGAAAUUUUCGAUUCCAAUAAAGACGGUAAAUUGCAGAUCGGUGAAUUAGCCAAAUUAUUUCCAGUUGAAUCAAAUUAUCUGAAAAGGAUAAAAUUAAUGAAGAGUAAAAAGAUUAAAUCAAGUGUAAUUAAUCGUAUCUUCAAAAAAUAUGAUAUUGAUGGAAAUGGUCAAAUCGAGAAUGAAGAACUCGAAGGUUUCUUGAAAGAUCUGGUGGAAUUACAAACUGACGAAUAUGAGUUGGGUCAAAUUGAAGUUGUUAAGAAACUGGUUUUAAGAAGCUGUGAUAUGGACAGAGAUGGAAGAAUAUCAAAAAAAGAGUUGAUUGUUAUCCUUAAUUCACUUGUUGCAGAUAAAAAAGAUCCCAAAAGACGACGGAAUAUAUUACUUUGUUCCUGAGAUCGGCCAAUAUGACAGAGAAACACGAUUAAUGUUAUAUUAACAUUGUACAGACACAAAUUGAUUUGCAAUAUUUUUAAUCUUAAAAUUGACAUCCUUUAUGGUCAGUUGGUGAGAAUCAAUUAUUAUACAGGUAAUAAACAUGUUGACUGGUCCAUGAAGGCGGAUUGUUCAGGUAUCAUGAUGGAAUCUAUUUAUAAAUAUUUACAAGGAGAAAGUCAAAUUUUGUGAAAGAGCAAAACUUGAAUCAUUUA